AUGGUUGUACGGUCCUUGACCAAAGAGCAGGUGGAUUCCUUUAUGAAAUCCUACAUCAUAUACGACCUAGACUGGGAGAAUGAGCGGGAGAUGAUCAAUGUGCUCGGGCCUGAGUAUCAAAAGAAAGUGGGAGCAUGCCUCUCUGACUACUAUAGCGUUCUCAAUCAUCUCUGCGCCAUCGGCGAGCUGGAAAAGAUGUACAUUCCGCCGAUCAUGGAUCCUACACAAGGGAUUAGUCAGAACCAAAUCCUCUACGAGAAAAGCAUUGCUGUCGAAUUGCAGUUUCCACCCAAUGCCCGCCUGCUCGAUCUGGGCUGUGGGCGCGGACGCGUUGCAGCUCAUAUCGCAGGUAGCACUGGCGCCAAAGUGACCGGGAUCAAUAUCGAUGCCGAUCAGCUCGCCAGCGCAAAGCUAUACAACGAAGAGCAGAAUUUAUCGAAUACCUUCGUCCGGCACGACUUCAACGAGCUCCCACUCCCAUUAGCAGAUAAUCAAUUUGACGGCUUCUACCAGAUUCAAGCCUUCAGCCUCGCUCGUGAUCCCACCUCGUUACUCCGCGAGAUCAACCGCGUGCUGAAACCGGGCGCCCGCCUCUCGAUGCUCGACUGGGUCCGCCUGCCAGCCUUUGAUACCACCAAUGAGCACCACCAGCAGCUCAUGCGCAACAUCAAACCUCUCAUCGGCGCCGUCGGUACCCCGACACCCGCCAGCAUGCAGAAAGCCCUCGAGGCCGCCGGUUUCCGCAUCGUUUCCAUGGGCAAUGCCAGCCAGGACGGACUACAAGCGCCGUUGAUCGAGCGCGCCGAGGCGUACUUUGAGACGGCCAAAUGGUUGCUCAACCGGUUGGUCGCGCUGCGUGUGCUCCCCAGGCAUUUCAAAAUCCUCUUCGAGCGGCUCACCAAGGACGGUCGAUCAUUCAUCGAGGCCGAUCGUGCUCGCUUGAUCACGACGAGUUACCAUUGGGUGGCCGAGAAGCCACGGCCGGGAGAACGCGGUGUAGUUCGUGCGAUGAGGAACGAAGAGGGAAAGGAAGAAGAGCAACGUGGUUUGUCAGCGGCGUCGGCUACGACUUCGGCGGAAUCGUCGUCUCCAAAUUCGUCAUCAUCGCCGCCAGAGGAUGAUGUUUAA